CAGCGCUCGGAUCCCGUUGAUCGGCAAACAUCACCUGGCGGCAGCAACCUGGAGGUUCUUAUGGCCUAUUUCUCAAGCCCAAGGCCACAGUCCUCAAGUUCUGCCAUCAAGAUUGUUAAUCCUGCAGAACAUGAUGACAAGGCUAAAUUACAGGCCAAGAGAGAUUCUCCCCAGCGUCAGUGUAGGAAUAUAUUGAUUUAUGGAUCUUGUCGUUAUCAAGACAAAGGUUGUAUCUAUUAUCACCCACCGGCCACGUCCGAAUCACCUCUUCCUGCUUCACUUUCCGCGCAGGCUGUCAACGCUCCUGUGUUUGUUCCAAAAGCACCUUUUCAUGCUAUUGCAACUCCAUCCCCGACUUUGGCGUCUCCAUUCACUUCUUCUCCCUCGCCUUCAACCUUUUAUCCAAAUCAUGACGAAUACGAUGAUUAUGGAGAAUCUGUCUCCAAUCAGACACCUCAAACGUUGGAGCAUCAGUUAGUUAAUCAGUAUCAGCAGUUGGAUUAUCAUCUCUAUUCGCACCCUACUCCGAAUGCCUUUCCCUCGACGCAUUUUGUCUCCGAUAUAAUUCGCGAGGAGUUGCACAAACGCGCAGAAGCCUCACAACUGGUCCCAUUACCUGGACAUAACCUGCCUGAUGAACUCCAGGGGUAUCAUUCCCUAGCUCUUCUUGAACCUUCUGUCACAGAGCGUCGCAAGUUCUUCAGUUGGUACUCUACCGUCUAUCGCGCAACUAGUUCCAACGAUGGUGUAUCAUAUGCUCUCCGUCGCGUCGAAAAUUUCAGGUUGAUGCACCAAGCUGCGUUUGGAGCUAUCGAAACGUGGUCGCGUGUUGAGCAUCCAAGCAUUGUUCGUGUCCGCGAAGCAUUCACGACUCGUGCAUUCAACGACAAUUCUUUGGUGGUCGCAUAUGAAUACUAUCCAAAUGCUCAGACUCUCUUUGAAAUGCACAUCAAACAGAAGCCGCCGGUAUUUCAGCAUGGCCGUCUUUCAACCUUCUCAUCAGCAUUACCCGAGGUGACUUUAUGGUCGUACAUGAUUCAAAUUGCCAGCGCCAUCAAAGUAGUGCACGAAGCGGGCCUCGCAGUACGCAUGGUUGACGCAACCAAAAUCAUGGUCACUGGCAAGAACAGAAUUCACAUUGGCUCGUGCGGUAUUGCAGACGUUCUGAUGUACGAUCCCCGCCAGGACACUGCGGUCGCCCAACAAGAGGACCUCUCAAUGUUUGGCCGUCUUGUGUUUGCUCUCUGCUGUAAUAAUCUUGCAGCCAUGAACACACUCCCUAAAGCACUUGACAUGCUGAGUCGCCAGUACUCUGGUGACGUGAAGGCUCUUGCUCUUUAUUUGAUCUCUAAACCAGGUCCACACAAGAAUAUCACACAAGUAAUCGACAUGAUCGGAACGAAUCGAUUACUCCACGAAAUGGACGAUAUGCAUAGUUCCGUCAACAGGCUUGAAGCUGAACUCAUGAGUGAGCUUGAAAACGGGCGCUUGGUUCGCCUUCUUUGCAAAUUUGGUUUUAUCAAUGAGCGACCCGUGUUCGCCCGUGAGCCUCGUUGGUCUGAAACGGGCGACAGGUACAUCAUCAAGCUAUUCCGAGACUACGUCUUUCACCAAGUGGACGAGAACGGCAAUCCAGUCAUCAAUCUUUCGCAUGUCUUAGCUUGUUUGAAUAAGCUCGACGCUGGCACAGACGAGCGUAUUAUGCUCGUUUCCCGCGAUGAACAGAGCUGUCUCGUUGUGAGCUACAAAGAUGUGAAGGCUUGCAUCGAUGCUGCUUUUGGGUAGUGAUCUAGCUCGGGUAUCGCGAUGAUCAUCGAUCUCUAACACGCAAAAAUAGGUAGAAUCUGAAAAAGACGCGAAAAAUACAAAAAAUUAUGAUUUCAAUUCAGUACAUCAUAGUACUUUAGUUCAUUUGUCUGAUCCCGACG